AUGUAUCAUGCGGCCAAGUAUUGGCCACUUUCUGACAUUUGUAUGGACCGAAAUAGUACUAUUUUGGUUCAUAGCUGUAAGCCAUUGUAUCGUCUUGCAGUGGAAGCUGUCACAAAAAGCUAUGCCAAUAACCCACGAUGCCCGAAACACAGAACUGCAAUCGAGGAGUUGGCCCUGGGUACACGGUUAGACUUGCUAGCUGAAAUGUGUGACUAUCCUAGUUUGGUGGAAGUUCAGCUUGAGAUUGUUUCCGAUCCACUACUAGUUAGCGACUUUAUCAGACACCUGUCUGCUGAUCUAACUCCGCUGGUGCAAUGUUUUCAAUGGCUUGAAAGUGUAAAAAAAUCUGUUCCGAUCCAGCUGUUUCGUCAGUAUAAGAAACUAACUGAGGAGAAGUUCCGUACGGGAAGCUAUUCCCGUCUAGAUUACAAAUGUGGCUUACGGAUAGGAACAUUCCUGAUCGAAACUGGAUGGACCGUGGAAGCGAUCGGUAUACUUCGACUCGCCCAACAACAUACUCGCUUCGGUACGGCGGACGAACUUACUGUGCUGCGGCAGCUGAUGCGAGCUCAAACACUUUCCGGGAGGCUGAUCAACGCUAGCAAAACGUACGGACGUAUGCAAAGGAUGCUGAGCAGUGUGAUACGGCUUUCGAAAUUCACCCGUGGAAUUCCCGAGAAUGAAAGCAAACUACAGAGUUUGCAUGAUCUGCAGAUAGCUGUUUUCCAUUCGUUCGCGCUGUACCAUUUUGAAGCUCUAAACUUUGAUCUCAGCUACGAGUGUGGUAUGCAAUCGUUAAAAAGAAUCAAUAAACGAUCUCCGCCACGCCUAGUUAUUGAUGUUCUUCGGCAGCUUGUUCGCGCUUGUUUAGGACACCGAAUGUACUUCAAAGCUUCAUUCAUACUCAAACUAGCGAUCGGUUUAGUUGUACAACAAUACGGACGAGAAAGUGCACUGUAUGCGGAAACAUUGGAAGAUCUGGCCAUUCUGAUGCUUGCCUGCAAUCAGGUCAGUGAAAGUGUGGAAGUGUAUUCGGAAGCUCAGCACAUCUAUAUACAGUUGUACGGUUCUCGGAAUUUGUCGAUCUCGCAUGCUCAGGGCAAUCUAGCGUACGGGUUAUGUCUGCAGGCGUACGUUACUGGGCGUCGCGAAACCGCAAUGCUUCAUGUUGCGAAAUCUGUCGGAAACUAUAAGCGCAUCCUGGCGCCGGAUCAUCGUAUGCUGAUACAGGUUAUUCGGUUACGUGCUACAAUGGACUUGUUUACGUUCUCAAAUAGCGUUGAUAAGGGAAUUGAGGUGAUACUGUUUAACCAUAAGGAUAUUGAUCCGUUUUCAGUUAGGGAUAUCAGUGCUAAGUUACAGUUAAUUCAAUUAUGGGACAAUAAUUGCAAACAGCAUAGAAUACAAACAAAUAAAAAUAAAAUGUGA